CAAGCAAGCGAUGGCGCCGGUGGUGUCGGCGCUGGCCAAGUACAAGCUGGUGUUCCUCGGCGACCAGGCGGUGGGCAAGACCGCCAUCAUCACCCGCUUCAUGUACGACAAGUUCGACGCCACCUACCAGGCCACCAUCGGGAUCGAUUUCCUCUCCAAGACCAUGUACCUCGAGGACCGCACGGUUCGCCUACAGCUAUGGGACACGGCUGGGCAGGAGAGGUUCCGGAGCCUGAUUCCGAGCUACAUCAGAGACUCUUCGGUCGCGGUGAUCGUCUACGACGUAACAGACACGCAAUCGUUUCUGCAUACAUCUAAGUGGAUCGACGAGGUGAACACGGCGAGAGGCAAAGACGUGCUGAUUGUGCUCGUCGGAAAUAAAACAGACCUCGUUGAUCAGAGGCAAGUGGCCACGGACGAAGGGGAAGCCAAGGCCAAGGAGCACGGCGCAUUGUUCAUGGAGACCAGCGCCAAGGCCGGCUUCAACAUCAAGGCGUUGUUCCGGACGAUCGCCACGAACCUUCCUGGUAUGGACGCGCUCUCGUCGGCCAAGCAGGAGGACAUGGUGGACAUCAACCUGAGGCCGGCCUCCGGGCCAGCAGGCUCAGGCGCCGCCGCGCAGCAGGAGCAGAAAGCAGGAGGAUGUUCUUGCUGAGCUUUGUGUUCUUUUAUUAGAGGAGAGUUUGCGGGCAGACAGAGCAAGAAUGUAAUUUUGGCCAAAACAGAUUGCGGACAGAGAAAUGAAAAAAAUUGUUUAGGCGUGAGAACGAAAAAAAAAGUUCGCCGUUGCCGG